GAAAGAGCGUAACUGAGAUGAAGAUCAGCAGUCACACGUGAGAUUGGAUGAGUUUUGAUGGGAGGAGCUGAGAAAGAGCAUUAGAGAGACGGACAGAUGAUCAGAUUGACACAAACUCAUCAGAAAUGGAGCUGGACACAGUGUUCAUCACGCUUCUGCUCGCAGCCAUCUUCAGCUCACUGGCUCCUUAUCAGUUUGAGUAUGUUCAGACGAGCAUGAACUGCACUGAAGCUCAGAAAUACUGCCGUAACAACUACAGCGAUCUGGCCUCCAUCCGCAACAGCGCCGACGUGACCGAGCUGCUGAAGAUCGUGAACGGAGCUAGUAGAGUCUGGAUCGGGCUGGUGAAGACUGUCAGGAGUGAAUGGAAGUGGUCUCUGGGUGACCCUGUGUUUUACACGGCCCGUGAUUCACUGUAUCGCAACUGGGCGUCGAAUCAGCCGAACAACGAUCAAUAUAACUGUGCUUACAUGAGUCAGGACGGACUGUGGUGCAAUGACAACUGUGCAACCCAAAGGUUUUUCAUCUGCUACAAUCACAGCAGUAAAGGAUUCAUCCUCGUGCAGCAGUCGAUGAGCUGGAGAUCUGCUCAGAGCUUUUGUAGAUCAAAUCACAGAGAUCUGAGCAGUGUGAGGAACCAGAGUGAGAACCAGCAGAUUCAGCAGCUCAUGAACACUGGAGGAGUCACUGCCGCCUGGAUCGGUCUGUUCAGAGACUCAUGGGAAUGGUCCGAUAAGAGUAAGUCCUCGUUUAGAAACUGGGUAUCCAAUGAACCCAAUAACAUUGGAGGCAUUGAAAAUGCCACAGUGCUUGUAAUAAGUGGAGACAGAAAGGAGCUGUGGGAGGACUGGCCUUGUGAUUCACAAUUUACCUUCAUCUGUCAAGAUCAGUUUGUACUCAUCAAGCAGAACCUGAGCUGGAGUGAAGCCCUGACGUACUGCAGACAGAACCACGUGGACCUGGUGUCGGUUCCCAGCCCUCAGAUUGAGCAGCGGGUGAUGAGUGUGGCGAGAAGAGCCUCGACGGCGGCCGUGUGGAUGGGUUUGCGUUACUCCUGCGGCGUGAACACGUGGCUGUGGUCGAACGGCGAAGUGGUCUGCUAUCAAAACUGGGCCGCGGGGAACAGCACCGGAUCGCACUACUGCCGCGAGCAGAGAGUCGGAGCCGUUCAGUCGGCUGGAGAUCAGCGCUGGGUCAGCCUUCCUCCGACGCUCAGCCUCAACUUCAUCUGCUCUGGGCCUUGAUUGUGUGUCUCUCUUCUUUUCAAUACAAAUGUCUUCACUUCACCUUAACCCUCAUACAGCAUUUAUAUAACCAUGUAAGACAAAAAAUGAUACACACACUUUUGGGGAAGAGUCGCUAAACAUAGAAUGUGAUGAACGACUAUUGACGAACCAUUUCAACAUUCAAACUUAAUUCAAAGGGAAAACAAGGUUAUUUUUCUGAGCACACUGACAGACAUUUGUUCCUGUUAUGAGCUUAAACUCGUUUCAUUUUGAUCACUUUCACAGAAGAAUAAAAAUCUUCUGACAGUUUGCCUUUCAAGUCAAAGUAUCUUAAUUCAUGUAGUUCAGUGCGACAGUAACUUCAUUCUCUCUUGCUCGGUUUUCAGUAUUUUAUUGGUUGUUUUUAGGGCUUAAUCUGUGAGACUUUAAACAGCUUUGUGACAUUUGUGAUGUAGAAAUCUGUAAUAAAAUGAUUCAUAAUUAAUGCGGUCAUAAUCAGUCAUAGUUUGUGCAUGCAUUUCAGCACGACCUGUUGACGGCACUUUACUUUCUUAAUAUUUUAAAAUUCUAAAAAUAACGUUAUUGGGUAUUGUGCUCAGGUCAGUCUCUCCUGGCUGGCUCGCCAAAUUGUUUGAUUUUGCUGUAUUUGGCCGAGCAGUGGAUUGGGUGGCUUGCCAUUGUAUUCGAUUUCUCUAAUACAUAAAAUAAGCAUGCUUGACCAGAGUUCUUGUGGGGAGAAGAAUUUAUUAAAGGUGGUAGUGAAGCAGUUCGUCAGUAGUGAUGUUAGCAUGAAAAUUCUUAGAAAUGUGGGUGCUACCUCUUAAAAUUAAAGAAAAAUCCUAGUAAAGAAAAAAGUAAUUCAGAAAGCAUCUUAAUCCUUAAAAGAUAUCUUAAGGUCCAAAAUUGUUAGGAGGACUUUUAAGAGGCUCAAGAGUUUCUUUAGCAGUGGAGAAAACUGACAAAACUUAAAGAAGCAGAAAAAAAUAUGUUGCACACAAUGCAUGACAGUGGGUUAAUAAGACGCCACACAUUAGUAUAUACAGCCUUCUAUAAUAUACAAGCUUCAACCUUCUAUAA